AUGGCAAUGGAUGUGAGUGGGUUGUUGUUUCAGACAACUGCAGAAAUAAUUGAUGCGCUGAGCUUCAUGCAGACCCACGUCAUUGAUGAAAACUUCCGCGCCCACAGCAAAACCAACGUUAACUCGGUGCGCUCCCUGCAGCGUGAGCAGCGCAGUCGUAUUGAGCAAAAUUACGGCCCUCGUGCUGCCUCCUCUGACACCAUUGCGGCUCAGCUGAGGGCAGCUUACCGCGGUGAGACGACGUCGCUUGAGCUGACGAGGGAGGCCAAUGGGCGUGGGGCCUCGCCGGCCGUGAUAACCAACAUGUCGCCUGGCAAGUGCCAGGCCUUCAAGAGGGAGAUGAAGCAGCGCAUUCACGAGUGGGAGCGUGCCUUCCUCGAGGACCGCGGGGUCGCCGUGACGGCGCAUGAUAAAGUCUCACUGCGUCAUGUGUAUGAACUUUACAAGGCGGCGAAGAAUCGAUUGAGAGAGACGGAGUCGCCGCAAACUGCCGCCUUUGGGCCAAGCGUUGAGGGCUCUGCAGAGCCUCUUCAACCACAACAUCAUGAUAAACAGCCUCAACAACUGCAGCAGCUGCAACCGUCGCAGCCGUUGCAUGAAAGUGGUGUGCGUAGCGGUGACGCUAAUGGAGAGGAGAGGGGUGGAUCUGUUGGGAUGCAAAGCUCUUAUGCUGCCAGCAGCCAACUGGAAAGCGGUGGUGGCGCAAGGUUUACAGCACCGGCUUCCGUGAGGUCUUCUGUCAACGUGUCGCACCAGGCGUCCCCCGCACGGAAUAUUAGCAAAGGAAAACCAGCGAGUCAGAUGUCAGAUGAAGAGCUUGUAACGGAGAAGCGUUACUUGAAACACAUCCUUCAUCUUUUUGAGAGCAACUUUGAGAAGAGUAAUGGUCGUCCAUCGACGAAAAGUGACCGACAUGUGUGGAUGGCGGAGUACACGCGUUACGGGGAAUUGAAGAACGAGAUUCUCCGUCGCUCCACAAAUGGAAACCAGGGAGGCUCUGCCACUGCCGCUGUAGAGCCCCCCGCAGCUGCCACCACGGCUUCCAUGCCAAUGUCAGACAAAAUUUAG